UCCCAAGGACCCAGCGACAGGUCUCAAGGAGCCUGCGACAGAUCCCAAGGACCCAGCGACAGGUCUCAAGGAGCCUGCAGCACCUGCUGGAAAUGACCCAGCAACAGUAGAAGUAGAAACUCCUGGAGAGGAUCAGAAACCAGCCACUGAACCAAAAUCAUCUACAGAGCAUAAAGGAGAUUCUUCAGUCGCCAUCAUUGAUUUCUCUGCUAGCAAAGUGCAGCAAAAUUCUGUCAGUAACUUGGAUGCACAGUCAGAUGAGGAUGUCAUAAGUCCAGAUAGUGAUGAGGCAACAGAGAACCUUGCCACCACUAAAACCAUCAUGGUCGCCACUGUAGAAGUUCCCGUAGGCUCUGAUAAAGUCAGUGAACCAGUAGAACCUGAUACAGAAGAGACAGAAGUAACUGACUCUGACUUCCAACAAUCCAACAUCGAUUCAAACUUGCUAGAGACCACUGACAAGGACCAAGGAACUCGCUUUCUGGGUGGUUACGAUGACGAUGAUGAAGAGGACGACGAAAACUAUGAGGCGAAUGAAGACAGUGAUGACUCUGAUGCUGCAUUUGUAAGCAAUGACAACAGCAAAGACCAAACGGAAAACAGGCGGCAGCAGCAGGCUGAUAAGAUGGAGGUGACCCUUUAUAAGGGACCCAACAGCUACAACACAGAGGACGAGGACUCCCACUUCUUCUUUCAUCUGGUCAUCCUGGCCUUCCUGGUGGCCAUUGUCUACAUCACCUACCACAACAAGAGGAAGAUCUUCCUUCUUGCACAGAGCCGUCGCUGGAAAGACAGUUUAUGUUCACGCAACACCGUGGAGUAUCAUCGCCUGGACCAGAACGUCAACGAGGCCAUGCCGUCCCUCAAGAUGACCCGAGACUACAUUUUUUGAUCCGUGCUCAGAUGAAGAAUAUGUCCAAACCUGCACAGAGCCAGCUGGCCCUCCUGCCUGGUCAUUCACAUUGUCAAGAUGCUGUGCUUUGUUGUGGAGCUUAACUGAUGCUUUCUCUUGAUUUACAGGCCAGUCAGUGAGCAGGAGAUGUAAUUUCUCUGAAACAGAAUUAUUUUUGUUGAGGACUUUCUUUUGUCUGCAUAGAGAUUUUCUUGUUUCUGGGUAAUUCUUAUUUGUUAUAUUAUUUGAAUGUUUUUGCCUUUAUUCUAAAUUAAUAACUUCUUGCAAAUUAAUUUCAGUUUGUUAGUGAUCUUUGUAUUUGUCUUUUUUGGGGUUGGUUCAGCCUUAAGGUCCCUUUACGUCUUUUUUUGUUGUCCUUGCGUACUGUCUUAAUAUUUUUAAUAAUCAAUUUAAGAGUUGGAAGAAUUACACAAUGUACCUUUUAGAUCAUAAUAUAAUACCUGAUUAUUUACCCCAAGAUUAAUGAUAGAUUUCUCUCUCAGCAGUUAGCCAAGAUAAGAAUUGAUACACAAAGCUUUGCUUUCUAAAGCACUUCAUGUAUCAUGCAUACUUUUAUAUUGUUAAGGUGUAAGUAACAUGGCAGCAAUCUAGGAGAAGCUGAUAUACACAUGUGCGCUUACAUUUAUUUACAAAUAUGCAGAGUCAUUCCAAAAACUGUUCAUCAAUCUGCUUUAAAACGGUCUCUGUUCAGUAAAAAGGCAAGAAAAGUGCUAGAAACUGAAAAAUAUUAUUUUAUAUAAAACUUACAACAUUCAAAUUUUUCUUCUCUGACAGAAAUCCAGUUUUCACAGAAAUUUUAAAAAAAAUGUAGUUGAACUGUCUUUCAGCUGUUUCACCAUCAACUGUUUCUUAUGACACCUUUGCUGAAAAUCUAUAAUGGCCUUGUCAUUUUGAUUCAGAAAAUUGGACAAACAAAGCUACACAUUAAACAUCAAGUCAAGGAGGAUGACGACUCCUUCGGUGACGGGUACUGUCAUGCGCUGAAGCCAUUCAAAUAAAGACAGAUGCUGUAUAUUGUUCAGGUUAGAAUGUACUAAUAUAAUAUAUAGAGGAAGCUUUUAUUGCCAGAUUUUUUUCUUUGUUCAUCAGUGUAACAUGUCUUAAUAAUGUACCUCUUCUCUGCCCAGAUUUUGCUAUGCAGAAAUCCUGCGGCUGGCCCUCUUUGUUUUAUGACUUCGGUGAAGUCUCUAUCAACACAUCCUCAUUGUGGCAAAAUGUAAUGACAGCAUCCCAUCGCGUUCAAACAGUAGUUUACAUUUUAGUUCCCUCCUGUUAAGGCAUUUUGGUGGACUGUUGUGUGCAUUUGUCGGAAACUUUGCACCCUCUUGUUCACAUGAGCAUCAAAAACACAAACAAGAAUAGACUAAAUUGUUUUGUCACGCUCUUCUCAAUUCAUCACAUUUUGUUUUUGCUGCCGCCUCAUGCCUUCAGUCGAAUUGCCACACGAGUCUACAUAUCUGUUAUCAAUCUCUUGUCGCCGCCUUGUUUUCAGCCGUCUGUCCAUAUACAAGAUAAACAUUGGGUGGAUUGAUUUGCACUGUGCUCUUCAGCCAUGCUAGUUAAAAGAUGAGGGGAGAAGGUGCCCUGCGUGAAGCUGAUGCAUCAACACUGCUCUUGCAAUCAACAGUAGAAACUGUACAAUCUCUCUCCUUUCUUUUUGUCAAUAAAGCACAAAUUGUGUAAAUCUUCCCUUUG